CCAAAGUUAGACCAGUUUCAGUUUCACCCAUCACCCCCCAUCGAUCUUCAGUUCUUUUUCUAUCCCUUCCCCUUUCUUUAAUGGAAAAAAAAUGUUUUUUUUUUCAUUUAUUUAUCAGAUGAAUGAAUUUCUCAUUCUCAACCCUCUGGUCUGGCCAUUACGACAGUACCCAUUUCUCCUCUCGCCCUUCCCUUGCCUUCUCUGCUUCUUUCUUCUCCACCUUUGGAUGGAUGGAUGGAUGUAAUCACCAUAAUUGAUCGUCGGCCCUCGAUGUAUUAAGAAUAAUUAAUUCAUUGACCCUUUUGGUUUUUCCUUCGUUUAGGUUAAAAUCACCGAUUUUUUUUUUUUCGACAUACCCAUUCAUCUCUUCAUUUUCUUUUUUUUUUUCAUCGUAUAUAACCUUUCCUUUCUUUCUCUUACCUAAAAGAAGCUGUCUUUGUCAAUGUUCGGGCAUUGGCGCACUAUUGGUCUUAUAUCUAUCACAUGCCCCCAUUGUGCCCAGAAAUCUCCCAGACCUAAACCCCAUCGAAUUCGGCCCCGACGCCACCAUAUAAUCUCCUAUAAUCUUUUAUUCAUCGGCAGCGCCUAUUGUGUUGUCGAUUGAGGGAUAUAUUGUCCUGUUAGACGACAUAGGAAAAGCAGAGAGAGGUAGGAACCCAACAACAUCACCAACACCAACAUCAAUUUUCAGUGUCUCACCAGUACCCCCCAAGCCCCUCUGGCCUAGCCAACAACAACAACAACAAUGGCAAAAAGGUGAUCUUCCUUCGUGCAAAAAUCCCUUCUUUUAAAGGAGAGUUUCAAUAGAAGACUAUUUACCGUCUAAAUAUGGAAGGGAAACAAACAGAAAGUGUAGUACCUGAAGGACAUGAUCCAGUGAACCAAUCACGUGAUCUUGAGGAACAAGAUGGCAGUGCUUCGUUUUCUGAUUCAUUGGAGGGUCAAAAAUUAUCUAGUUGUUCCCCUGAUUUAGAGGAAAAUCGGGGGAAUGAGCCCUUGGAGAGUUCUCAUAUAAUCGAGGAUACUGUCGACAGUGAGCUGCCAAGCAACAGCAGGGACGUAGACUCAUCUCUUUCGGAACCCAAGUGGCUUGAAGGAGAUGAAUCAGUGGCUCUGUGGGUUAAGUGGAGGGGGAGAUGGCAGGUCGGAAUAAGAUGUUCGAGAGCUGACUGGCCAUUAUCAACUGUGAGAGGAAAACCGACUCACGACAGGAAGAAGUACUUUGUGAUAUUUUUUCCCCACACCAGGAACUACUCCUGGGCCGACACACUUCUCGUCCGUCCAAUCAGUGAUUACCCACAUCCAAUCGCAUAUCGGACACACAAAAGUGGCCUAAAAUUGGUCAGAGAUCUGACAAUUGCGCGUCGCUUCAUUAUGAAGAAGCUCGCUGUGGGCAUGCUGAACAUAAUAGAUCAGUUUCACAUGGAGGCUCUAAUAGAAUCAGCCCGUGAUGUGAAUGUGUGGAAGGAGUUUGCUAUGGAAGCUUCCCAGUGUAAUGGCUAUCCUGAUCUGGGCAAGAUGAUUCUGAAGCUUCAGAGUAUGAUAUUGCGGAAGUUCAUUAACUCUGAAUGGCUAGAGCAGUCAUUGGAUUCUUGGACAAGGCGAUGCCAGAAUGUAGAGACUGCUGAAUUGGUUGAAAUGCUCAAAGAGGAGUUGUAUGAUUCGAUCUGCUGGAACGAAGUCAAGUCUCUCUGUGAUGGGCCUGGGCAGCCCGUGCUUGGUGCUGACCGUAGAACCUGGAAGCAGGAUGUCAUGAAAUGGUUCUCAACAUCUCAUCCUUUAUCCAUCAGUAGCUCAGAAACAGGUCCCCAGAACAAUAGUGCGCCCGGGCCCGUGAUCCCUGACCUCCUUGUUGCUAGGAAGAGGCCCAAGCUUGAGGUCCGUCGUGCAGAGGUCCAUACUUCUCCCGUAGAAGCCAAAGUUCCAUCCACUCAGGCAGUCGUUGAGAUUGACUCUGAGUUUUUCAAGAGCCGAGACAGUGCUACACCCGAGCCUUGUUUGGCCGGUCGACCUAUGGCCUCCCCCAGCAGUGUCACUGAGAGAUGGGACGAGAUGGUUGUUGAAAGUGGAAACAACAAUGUGAAGUUGACUACUCCUGAGUCAACACGAAUGAAUCAACUAGUGGUUAGAAAUCCCAUUGAGUCGGGCAGUAGAAGUCGUCAGUGUGCAGCUUUUAUCGAGUCCAAAGGAAGGCGGUGUGUGAGGUCUGCGAAUGAGGGAGAUAUCUACUGUUGCGUACACUUGGCCUCUCGGUUUCUCGGCAGCUCUGCUCCUAGAACUGAAAGGGCAGGGCCCACUGAGUCACCUAUGUGUGAGGGGACCACUGUUCUGGGCACCCGAUGCAAGCAUCGGUCCCUGCCUGGCCUCACUUUCUGCAAGAAGCACCGGCCCCGUGAUGAUUCAAGAAGACUAGUGGGCCCUUCAGACAAUGUCGGGAAUAAGAGGAAGCAUGAGGAGUUCAUAUCGAAUUUGGAAAGUCCAUUUUCGAAGGCUCUCGUGGUGGUAGGACCAGUUGAGAAUUCACUUGGGUUGGAGGAGAGGCCAGAGCAUUCGGGUGGAGAAUUCGUCUAUGGGCAGGCAGCCCGUUGUAUAGGCUCUGGCCUGCCCGAUGAAACUGGGCAGUGCAUGGAGAGCCCUAAGCGCUACUCUUUAUACUGUGACAUGCACCUCCCAAGCUGGCUUAAACGGGCAAGGAACGGUAAGAGCCGCAUAGUUUCAAAAGAAGUGUUUAUUGAACUCUUGCGGGGGUGUUCUGAUGAAAGGCAGAAGGUCGAUCUCCAUAAGGCAUGCGACCUCUUCUUUAGGCUGUUUAAGAGUGUGCUUUCGCUCAGGAACCCAGUCCCUAUAGAGGUCCAGCUCCAGUGGGCCCUCUCUGAAGCAUCGAAGGAACCCCACAUUGGGAACUUCCUAUUGAAGUUAGUCAUCAGUGAGAAGGAGAGGCUCAAGAGAAUCUGGGGCUUUGGGGAAGAAGACAGAGCAGGAAAGGUUGCUCCAUCAGCUGUGGAAGAACAGGCUGGUGUGCCAUGGAACGACGACCUUAAUGAUGAUGACUCAAUUCUUAAAUGCAAGAUCUGCUCGGAGGAUUUUCUUGAUGAUCGGGCCCUUGGGACCCACUGGAUGGAAGCCCACAAGAAGGAAGCCCAGUGGCUUUUCCGAGGCUAUGCCUGUGCCAUAUGCCUUGACUCUUACACAAAUAAGAAAGUCCUGGAGUCCCAUGUGCAAGAGAGACACCAUGUGCAGUUCGUUGAGCAGUGUAAGCUCCUUCAGUGCAUUCCUUGCCGUGGUCACUUUGGGAAUGCUGAGGAGCUCUGGGCCCAUGUCAUCUCUGUACAUCCCGCCAGUUUCAGGCUCUCAAGAAUCGCCCAGCAGAAGAUUCCUGUGUCAGAGGAGUCUCCUGCGAACACCAAUCCAGAACCCUUGGCUAUUGUGGGGAAUCAUAAUAAUGUCGACAAUGUCAGAAAGUUUGUCUGCCGGUUUUGCGGGCUGAAGUUCGAUCUGCUGCCUGAUCUCGGUCGGCACCACCAAGCUGCCCAUAUGGGCCCAAGUUUAGCGAGCUCUCGGCCCACAAAGAAAGGAAUUCGUUACUACGCUUAUAAACUCAAAUCGGGGAGACUAAGCCGCCCGAGGUUUAAGAAGGGUUUGGGAUCAACAUCUUAUAGGAUCAGAAACCGAGGGAGCACAGGCUUGAAGAAACGAAUGCAGGUCUCGAAGUCUCUCACAUCAGUGCUGACAGGCCUUCAGUCCCAUGCAGCGGCUGGGGGGACUGCUAGUCAUGGGAGGUUGACUGAACCACAAUGCUCGACAAUUGCAAAGAUUUUAUUUUCUCAGAUUCAAAAGACAAAGCCUCGGCCAAGCAAUCAAGACAUCUUGUCUGUUGCUCGCACGGCCUGCUGCAAGGAGAGCAUCAAGGCCACAUUGGAGGCUGCAUAUGGGGAAUUGCCUGAACGCCUGUACUUGAAGGCUGCGAAGCUAUGUAGUGAACACAACAUUUCAGUCAACUGGCACCUCGAGGGCUUUGUCUGUCCAAACGGUUGUAGACCUGUGAGGGAAACACAAUUAUCAUCCCCACUGGUGCCACCACCAAAGGGUCUGGCUGGUCAAUUUUCAGGGCACCCCCUGGAUCAUUCAGAUGAUGAUGAGUGGGACGUGGAUGAGAGCCACUAUGUCGUAGACCCCCAUCAGUUCAAGUCCAGGACUCUCCACAAUGCCAUUAUACUUUGUGGGGACAUAAGCUUCGGUAGGGAGUCGGCCCCAAUAGCCUGUGUGGUUGAUGAGUGGCUUCUUGACUCCCUUCAUGCUUUUGGUUCUGAUGGCCAUGAUGGAAUAUGUUCCAUGCCCUGGGAGAGCUUCACCUAUAUCACAAAGCCAUUGAUUGACCGGUCAGUCGGUCUCGAAAGUAAGAGUCAUCAACUUGGGUGUGCCUGCGUGCAAUCUGUGUGCCGUCCGGAAGCAUGUGACCAUGUCUACCUUUUCGAUAAUGACUACGAAGAUGCGAAGGACAUUUAUGGCAAAUCCAUGAGCGGUAGAUUCCCAUAUGACAAGAGUGGCCGCAUCAUCCUGGAGGAGGGUUACCUUGUAUACGAGUGCAACCCCUUGUGCAGUUGCGGUAAGACCUGUCCAAACAGAAUUUUGCAGAACGGGGUGCGAGUGAAACUCGAAGUAUUCAAGACGGAGAAAAAGGGCUGGGGAUUGAGGGCAGGGGAGGCAAUUAUGCGUGGCACAUUUAUAUGCGAGUAUGUUGGAGAAGUUAUAGAUGAGCUGGAAGGAGAUAAUAGACGCAACGGGUAUGGGAGAGGGGAUUGCAGCUAUAUCUAUGAAAUUAACUCUCAGAUCAACGAUAUGAGCAGAUUAGUUGAAGGACAGGUCAGAUAUGUGAUUGACUCCACAAAGUAUGGGAAUGUUUCCCGGUUCAUCAAUCACAGCUGCUCCCCAAAUCUUGUGAAUCACCAAGUUCUCGUGGAGAGCAUGGACUGUCAGCGUGCACAUAUCGGUCUCUAUGCAAGUCGAGAUAUAGCAGCAGGAGAAGAAUUGACAUACGACUACCGUUACGAGCUGCUUCCUGGAGAAGGUCAUCCCUGCCAUUGUGAAUCUCGAAACUGCCGGGCCCGACUUUAUUGAAACUAUUUUCAGUCUUCCCUAGUCAAAAGGAAGAAGUUUUGGUGCCUCUGAUCAGAUCUUUUAACCGGUGCCAAGGGCAAGCUGAGUAGUUCUUUUUUCUGCACCAUCGAUUAUCUUGCUGAACCGAUUUGGUAGUAUUAGUAGACAGCUUCUUGAUGGGUUCUUUUUUGGAGAGUAGAUGGUAUUCAUUGUCUAGUUUAGUCUGGCAAAUUGUUUUGUCUCUAGUUUGACAUAGCAGUUCGGGAUAGAAACACCAAGCGGUUUAAAUUCGGCAUUUUCUUUUUCAUGUGUAUACUCUGGGAAUUUGUAGGAUGUUCAGAUGUAUAAUAUUUGAUAAAUGAUGACCAUGUUGGAAUAUGUCGUGUUUGGCCCCAUGACAUUCUUUUUAUAGAAUUUUCGGUAGAUCCAUAGUUCGAU